UAGUGGCUUAAAAUUUAAAAGCAGCUAUGUACAAAAAUGAUUAAAUCUAGUACAACCAUUAGUAUGCUACAACAUCAUUGUGCAUUUAAAAAUUUGGUAACUCGUAGCAUUAUUAAAGUAAAUCAUUCCUUUCAUAUGGAUUUCAACUCUAUUACUUUGAGCCAACAAAGAAGAAAAAAGUCUUGUUAUUAUUGCACUUGAUUAAAUGAGACUAUCCAAUUAGUGGAUUCCCAUUUAGGUCUAAGAAUACAAAAAUGGGUAAGCCAGCAAAGAUGAAAAAAACCACAAAAGCUAAUUCCUAGUUUGCUAGUCAUGUACUUGGUGUGUUUAUGAGGAAAGCUUCAAGGGUGUGUGUGAGAACUUACAAAAAUCAUAUCUAUUUUUUCUCCCCCCUAGUUCUAUAAAAACAAGGCAUGGAAAGCAUGUGGCGUACCAAAAAACACCCUGCCUCGAUAUAUAGGCAAAAUUUUGGUUUGAUACUGUUGGUUCACCCCUUUUCAAAUAGUUAUUGAGCUUUCUACCUGAUUUUUGGGUGCUUUUUCAAAGAACAUGGAAACCAAGAGGGAGGAUGAGAUUGAGGACAUGUCAUUGUCACCCCCAACAAUUGGUUCUAUGCAGAUUGCAGGGAGCAAUGGCUUUGGUCACAACAUAGAGUUCAUGUCUCAAGCUUAUCUUAGAAAUAGAUACUCCGAGAUCGAUAUAGAAGAUGAGAGCUCUAAAACCAACAAGGAUCGCCCUCUUCCGGUCUACCUCAAGUUUGAGGAUGUGGAGUUUAAAGUAAGAAACAGCAAGGCUUCCUCUAACCCGGUGAAAGCAGUGGUAUCGAAGGUAGCCUCACAGCUGAACAUGGAUCAAGAUAAUUACAAGCAUAUUUUGAAGGGGAUAACAGGAAGUGUUGGUCCUGGUGAAAUUCUCGCAUUGAUGGGUCCUUCUGGCAGUGGGAAAACAACCUUGUUGAAGGUGAUUGGAGGAAGAUUGCUUGACAAUGUUAAAGGGAAGAUAACUUAUAAUGACAUACCAUAUAAUCCAGCUCUUAAGAGAAGGAUUGGAUUUGUCACACAAGAUGAUUUGCUAUUUCCACAGUUAACUGUGGAAGAAACAUUAGUAUUUUCUGCAUUUUUAAGGCUUCCCAGUCACAUGACCAGGCAACAUAAAUAUGAAAGAGUGGAGAUGGUUGUGAAGGAGCUAGGCCUUGAAAGAUGUCGUCACACAAGAAUUGGAGGAGGAUUUAUCAAAGGAAUAUCAGGAGGAGAAAGAAAAAGAACCAGUAUAGGUUACGAAAUUCUUGUUGACCCUUCAUUAUUGUUGCUCGAUGAGCCAACCUCAGGCCUUGAUUCUACAUCUGCAAAUAGACUUCUUAUGGUUCUUCAAGGACUUGCCAAGGCAGGAAGGACCAUAAUCACAACCAUCCACCAGCCAUCAAGCCGGAUGUUUCACAUGUUUGACAAACUUUUGCUAAUAUCAGAAGGCUACCCUGUGUACUACGGGAAGGCUAGAGAGUCCAUGGAUUAUUUUUCAUCAUUGAGAUUCAUCCCAGAAAUUCCCAUGAACCCUGCAGAGUUCUUGCUUGAUUUGGCCACUGGACAAGUUAAUGACAUUAGCGUCCCCGAAGAUUUCUUGGUACCUAGACAGAGUCCUGACUUUGAGAAGGCCGUAAUCAAAUAUCUACAACUCAAAUUCAAAACUCUGCUGGAGCCAAAAGAAAAAGAAGAGAAUCACCGAACAGCAAAGACCCCAGAACAUCUUCAGUUGGCUAUUCAAGUUAAGAAGGAUUGGACAAUGAGUUGGUGGGAACAGUUUAUGAUAUUGUCUAAGAGAACAUUCAGAGAAAGGUGCAGGGAUUAUUUCGAUAAGCUAAGACUAGUUCAAGCACUUGGUGUUGCAGUCUUGUUAGGCCUCCUUUGGUGGAAAUCCAAGACGGACACCGAGGCACAACUUAGAGACCAAGUUGGUUUGAUGUUCUACAUUUGCAUUUUUUGGACUUCCUCAUCAAUCUUUGGAGCAGUGUAUGUCUUUCCAUUUGAAAAGGUAUAUUUGGUGAAAGAAAGGAAAGCAGACAUGUACAGACUGAGUGUAUACUAUGUAUGCAGCACCCUAUGUGACAUGAUAGCACAUGUUUUCUAUCCCACAUUUUUCAUGAUCAUAUUGUACUUCAUGGCUGGCUUCAAGAGAACAAUCCCUUGUUUCUUCCUCACAUUAUUCGCCAUACUACUGGUGGCUGUGACAAGCCAAGGAGCUGGGGAACUAUUUGGAGCUGCAGUUUUGAGUAUAAAAAGAGCUGGGAUGGUUGCCUCUCUGGUGCUAAUGCUGUUUCUUCUUACUGGAGGUUAUUAUGUGCAGCACAUACCGAAAUUUAUGCAGUGGUUGAAGUACUUAUCCUUCAUGUACUACAGCUUCAGACUUCUCCUGAAAGUGCAAUAUUCAGGAGAUCAAUUAUAUGAAUGUGAAAGCAGAGGAGGUUGCAGACCUCUUCAGAGUUCUCCCUCCUUUGACACUGUCAGCUUGAAUGGAGGCAUGAAAGAAGUUUGGAUCCUGCUUGUCAUGGCUCUUGGUUACCGCUUGUGUGCUUAUUUUUGCCUUCGAAGAAGAAUAAACAUAAGCAAUAUCUGAGUAUAUAUAUACACACAUGUAUACAUAUAUAUACAGUUCAUAUCCCAUGGAUAUAUAUUUUAUAGUAAGCUGAAAAAGGUUUUCAACCA